AUGCUCGAGUCAGCAAUCCCUGAACAUCUCUUGCAAGAGAGGAUAAUACCAGCGAGUACGCCGUCAAACUUUAAUCCACCAUUUCCUGCUUACAGCGCCCGGUUUCCAAAAUCAUCGAAAGAUUUUGUAAUGGCAGUCAUCGGGGCCCAGUACGCCGCUUCCCCCGAAGAGGAUGGAUCGGCAAUGUCAACUCUGUUGGGAUUCAUCAAAGAUUCGCCGUCUGUAGAGCAAAAACCAUCGUUUUGGGAGCUAGCAUCGGUGACUGAUACGAACGGUGCUUAUAACAUUGCCGUCAUUUCAUACUGGCCAAAUAAGGAGUCUUAUACAGAAUGGGGAGCUGCCAGUGGGUUCCAGAAUUGGUGGGAAACGCUGAAUCCCGAAGAACAAAACCACGGCUGGUUCUUGGAGGUAUUUUUCCCGACGAUCGAUCGGUUCGAAACUGUGUUUUCGGACACCAAUGUUAUCGAGGGCGUAGCACAUAUGCGAGAGAGUGUUAGUGGUCCCAUCAAAGAACAUGUAUACUGGGGCAGCAUGCGAGACCGUCUCCCUGCGGGUCAAACGGAUGCCCUGGUUGGAGAGAACGGUCGCACAGCGAGGAAGACCACCAACUCUCCUUUGCGACGCCGCAUUCGUGUUUCCGGUAUGAAGAAUCUCGCCAUCAUUCGCUCAGGUCAGGACUGGUCAAAAACCAACCCUGAGGAGCGAAAGUUGUAUCUGGAAACCAUGCACCCUGUUCUUAUCAAGGGGAUGAACUUCCUUCGUGACCAAGGGGAUGAGGUCGGAUGUUACAGCUGUCGGUUCAUGGACAUUAUUGACAACGUUUCCUAUAAGGCUGAUAAAGAUAGAACUUUUGGUCUCGCCUUCUUUGACGAUCUUAGCUCGUUGGAGGGAUGGAGCAAGAAGCACCAGACACAUCUUGAUAUUUUUGGGGGAUUCUUGAAGUAUGCGAAGUCGUUGAACAAUAUUAUCAGUCUGCGUCUUUUCCAUGAAGUACUGGUGCUGAAGCCGGAGCAACAGCUGUUUGAAUACAUUGGGUGCCAUGAAAACUCUGGGAUGCUGGUCUCUUUGGCUACCAACUAG